ACAAUCAAAAAUCGAGAAUCUGCUGUCGCAAUUUUAGUGUUGGCAGCUAAGAUCAAUAUUAAGAACUUGCCAGGAUUAAGACAAUCUUUAACAUCGAAAUGCAUUUACCAGUAUAAUGUAGAUCUAUUGAAAAAACUUUUGCAAAUCACAGGAAAUAUAGAACCCGAUUGGAAAAUGUUCUGUGAGGUCUUCAUUCGUACAACAUUGUCCAAGGUCUUUGUACAUGCAAUACUUACCAGAAGGCAUUCUUUCGCGAGGCAUCUCGCAACAUCGUUCGUGAAGCCUUUUCAUCCAAUGUCACUAGCGAGACCUUCGUUUAUUUUGAGAUCUGUAACUCGUCAAAGCAAUAUACUACAUAAUCCUUAUACAUUAACAAAUGUGAAUGCUGAAAUAUUGCUAUUCAUUCUUUCAGAUAUAAUGUUGUCCAAUUUAGCUUUUGUAAUUAUAUUUUUAAUAUAUACUACUCAUCUUGUAUAUUCACAAACAACGGUAUCAUCAACUCAGACCUCCAAUCCUACUAAUACACCUCCUAUUCAAGCUUUCACCUCAAAUACCAUAUCAAGUACCGUCUCAGGUGCCAUACCGACACCAUUAUCUUCUAUAUCUACAGAUAGUAGUAAUAAUAGUAAUAAAGUGAUUGCUGUUUAUUAUGCUUAUUGGAAGCGUUCCUUUUUAGCCGAAAAUAAUUUACCGUGGGCUAAAAUAACUCAUGUGAAUUUUGCAUUCGCGAUCGUCGAUAAUCAAUUCAAUCCAGUUUUAGAUGCACAAACAGAGAUU